UAGCGGUGAAAGUGUGAGAUGAAGAGGCCCAGAGGUUCCAUUGAUCUGCCCAUGUAUUGUGAUCAUUUCAUGUUUUGUCAUUUUUCUUAACCAGAAUUGAUCUGCACUUCUUACCGUCACGCACCAUCUGGUCACGGUGAAACAUAUCAGGAUGAACAUAUCUGUGGCCCAUGGCGUGGGCAACGCCACUCUGAACGAUCUGGUCAAUCCACUGACCACUGUGGUUCUUCCUGUGAUAUACCUGCUGGGGUUCGUGGUCAGCACCCCGUGUAAUCUCCUCUGCUUCAUCCUGCUCUGCACUUGCAUCAAGCGGAAAACCUCCACCAUCAUCUUCGCCAUCAACCUCUCACUGGCCGACCUCCUGUACAGUGUGUCUUUGCCGCUCCAGGUGUCCUACCAUUUCUCGGGCAAUGACUGGCGCUUUGGCGCAGUGGCGUGUGGCAUCACCACGGUGACCUUCUACUGCAGUAUGCAAUGCUCCAUCCUCAUCACCUGCGCCAUCGCCGUGGAGCGCUACAUCGGCGUGGUGCACCCCAUGAAGGCCAGACACUGGUGCACGCCAUGGCGCACCGGCCUGGUGUGCCUGCUGAUCUGGGGCCUGGCGUUGGCCGUGCAGACGCCCAUGAUGCGGCAUGACCUGACACUGCGCGUGGAGGAGCUCAACCUGACCACCUGCUGGGAUGUGAUCCCACGCGGGACCUUCGGAAGGCUCCCGCUCAUCUACUUCCACUUCGGUGCCGUUGCCCUGCUCUUCUACGUCACACCACUGGUCAUCCUCGUGGCGUGCUACGUGGCUGUGACGCUAGAGCUCCGCCGCUCGCCGCCGACAUGCAACGAGGGCCAAUCGCGACGCUACGCGAUGGUCAUGUGUGCCACGGCGGCGGUGUGUUUCAUCCUGUGCUGCCUGCCCAACGUGGUGCUCCAGUUCCUGCACCUGGCCUACCGCACGAGAGAUCUCAGCCUCUACCCCUACUACAAGCUCACUCUCGGCAUCAACAGCCUCAUCUGCUCCGUGGACCCCUUCGUCUACUACCUGGCCUCACAGGAGUUCCGCAAGACCUUCCAGAAGGCUCUGAGCCAAUGCAAGAGGGACACGCUGUACACUCCUUCCGAGGUGGUCAGCUUCGCCCAGGCCCCAACAUGCAACAGCAGCAAGCUGUGAUUCCAGACUCUCGCCACACCCAGGUCCAGAACACGGGUCGCUGUUAAAAGAUGAUGUCCUCAUGGUUUAAAACAAUUUAAAAUCCUGCACAGGCUACAAUUU